CAUCUUCUCCAUCUCUUGACACAAAUCAUUCAUCAAAUUAAUUCAAUAUUUCCACAUAUAGAAGUAUGGCUCCCACUCUAAACUACAAUAGUUUCCCAUAUUUUUCCCCUCCACCCCCUCCAAAGGUGGCACCACCCAACCAACCCCAUCCGCCACCACCUCCAACUCCACCUCCGGCAGCAAAACCACCUCCUCACUCAACCCCACCUCCACCACCUCACUCAUUUCCUCCUCCAUCUCCACUAAGACCUCCACCACCUCCUCAUUUUGUUCCACCUCCACCGCCCCCAUCAGGACACCAUUCCACCGUUAUAAUCGUCGUGUUUGUCUCACUAGGUGGUCUCUUCUUCCUCGCAUUCCUACCGGCUGCUCUCUGUUGCUUUCUUAAGAAGAAGAGAAAGAAGAUGAUUCAAGAAACUGAAGUUAUAAACGUUGAUGAACAUCUUAAGAUUCAAGAAGCCAUAGUACCGGGUCCACAUGGUGCACAAACUGUGGUACUAUCCGUCGAAGAAGAUGUGCAUAUACAAGAAGAAAUUAAGAAGAACGAAAGGGUGGGCGAAGGUUCGCAUGUUACAACCAUGGGGAUUCCUCCUCCUGCUCUUGAGGACGGAGCAGCAUCAUCUGAAUCCAGUCACCACCGUCUUGAUCACAAGCCGUGAUUGAAGUUUGAUCAUGUGUAUGUGGGUUCUUAAAGCUGCCAAAAGCUUAUAUCCAUCCAAAUUGUGAGAAUUCUUGUUGCCUCUUGUUGGUCAUUUAAUUUGGAGUGAUUUGUAUGGAAUAAAAGACCAAGAAUAUUGUUGUGUUAUAUUCAUUUUCUGUUACAUAUUAGACUUUUCUUAAUAA